AUGCCUAGUGUCAUCCAUAUGACUCGCCGGCGCCUCCGUCUCGGGGCACGCCAAGGGCCCUACAAGACCAGAAAGGAAAUUCUGCAUCAGCUUCGUGGUAUUAAAGAAAAGAGUCAUCGAGUGGCAGUUCUCGAAUGUUUUUCUCGAAAACCAUCGCGCUUCAGAUUACGGGCUGGAGAACAAAACCCCGUGUCUUGGUCAUUUGGCCAAACACUACAGUCAAGAGGCUGGGCUGUUCGACAUAUUCUUGACUAUCACAACAAAUCCACCGCCAUAUAUCUCUUGGAUCCCCAACGACAAGGAUCAGAUCUUCUCAACGGCAUAUGGAAGUUUGUGGAUAUAUGGCUGUACCGCCAGUGGUUCAAACCAUACGAGACUGACAUCGAAUACGGCCGCUAUGUGGGCAAAAGUAUAUCCCUAGGGUGGGAUACGGAUACAGCCAGGCCAACACUGACGGAUAUCGCUGGAUUCCAUACAAAUCUCUGUCAAGACCUAUCGGCCGACAUCUUCAGCCGGCUCCCAGACGAUCUGCUAGAGGUUAGGGGUUUAUCAUCUCCCACAAAUGCCUCAGAGAAGUGGCAAGACGGGAAAGGCGAUCGGCUUGUGGCGUUGAGCCGGAGGUAUAUCUUACAACCUCUCUUCAAGGCCGUCUUCAUCGUCUUGGACCAAACAAUGGGGCCCACAGAAGGGCCUUUGACACCGAACGACAUUGGGGAUAUCCCCGUUUCUUUAGUGCGCACCGGAUGCACUGAGGGCUUGAGCAGCCCUAUUUCUUUUGACGCCAUACACCAUGACCAACGUGUCUUUCUGGGGUUCGGAAAUUCAGAUGGCACUAUCGAUAGUGUGCAAACAACCUUGAAGGCCGCAAUACAGUUUAUCAUCGGCUUGGAGAACCGAGAGAUGGCAGCCUUUGGGAUGCGGCCGAGUCCAUACCUCUUGGACGACUCCGUUGAUUUCGAGAAGGAGGCUUGA